AAUAAAACUUGCGUCUUGGCUGUAAACGUUUGUAGCCAGUAAAACGGUUUAUCCGAUGUUUUAAGCUGAAAUGUUGUACAUACCGCUAGGGAAAGAAACAACGAUGAGGAGAUGACAUGAGCAACAAUAGAGGAGUUCAUUGUUAGGCAGUCACGCCGGUAGGAAUUUAUUUAAAGGUUCACAAGACUUCGCAAGGUUAUGGGCUAACUGCGAGAAAGUGUGGCCACGCACCACGGCUAGCAAAGGCUGAAGCUCAUGUCAUUUUCAAAUUCUUAUUUAGAGGAGGGGAAAAUACGUGAAAUACAAUACUUUAUUUCAUAACAGCUAGAGAUUCAUCAAGGUGACAUGAUAAAACAAAGAACGGACUGUAAUCUGAUUUGACAGUCAAAUUAUAGUCUCGCUGGACCCAUUUUUGUUUGCAUGUCUGCAAUAAACCCUGGUGUGAAAGCUGGCUUUCUCACUGGACAACUGGUUUUCUUGGCCAGUUUGCUGCUGUGAAGUGUUCACUGAUGUGCAUCAAGAAAACACAGGAUCAAGAUGUGGGUCUUCAUAUUUCUCUACAUACUGAGUCUAUACAGUCAGGCCUCUGUAACAGAGAACUCAACGCAGAUGUAUUACGCAAAACUGAUAAUAGACAGAAGUGCGAUUGAAAAUAUCAGUUCGAUGCUGAACUUUUAUGUGACAGACAACAAGGUGAACAUCGAGAAAGUUACAAUGACAACAAAAUGUGAAAAUAACAGCAACGGAAACAAAACUUGUGAAUGCGAACCUGGCCACAAAUGGAGUGACGACGUUCGUCUCCAGGGGGUAGAUUGUAAUGAGAAAAACUGUACCCUCAGUGCUGUCUCCAAUUCAACGUGCACACUAAACACUACAGUUGAGAUCAGAGGGACAUUCAACAUGGGCGGAACUGGCUAUAGUGAUUGUCUGACAGAUAAGAGCUCACAAAGUUAUAUCAGUUGUCAUGGCAAACUGUUACGACAGAUGAAAACCCAAUACAGUAAAAUAAGAGGAUUUGACAGUCUAGCAAUAAUAAAAUUCAGUGUCGGGAGCAUCAUUGUUGAUUUUACAAUGAAGAUCGUCUCUGACGUUAGUUCGGGAGAACUGUUUAAUAAAUCCACCAAUCUGACAAAAGAGCUAGAAGGCAAAAUGACUUUGGAGACAAAAGGCAUCGUCAAUUUGGAAAUAACAAAGAAAUCAGUGCCGUAUGACAACAGUACUGCUGUUACUUGUAAAACUGAGAGAGAGCUUAAAGUCCAACCACAGUGGAAUCUGAAAAGAGAAGAUGGAGAGUUUCUCAUAACUAAUGGCAGCAUCUCAACAGUAGAAAUUAAACAAAAAGAAAGUAAAGUCACGAUUCUAAGUGUUAACGAACUCUGGCAAGGAGAGUACAUAUGUCUUUUUGUUGAAAACGAAGGUCAAAUAACCAUAAACCAUAAAGCCAAUGAUACAUUGGACGUAUGCCUCAAACCAAAGAUCGACAUUUCAGCAGAUCCUGCAUUUCCCUUGUGUAAGACAGACAGUUCUGUUUUUAUUGUGAUUGUGAAAUGUGAGAUAACGAAUAGCACCGAAAAAUACAAUGUGAGCUGGCCAGAUGGUGUCACGACACGCCCCCUGACUACAGAAAAUGGCAAACAGGUUUAUUCAGCUCAAAAAGUAGUUGGCUGUGAUAAAACGAAGGUGAAUUCGUCGUCAGAUUCUCCAGAGGUAUAUUGCGACUUUACUAAUGAGUGCAACCAACACCAAAGUAAAUCUAUGACGGUCAAUGUCAUUUAUCCUGGGGAAAAAUAUUGUUCAGCGGAAGGUGAAUGGGGAAACACCAAGGCCGGCUUUACUGCAGAAAUAAAAUGCAAGGAUAAAGCUGGAACAAGAAAGCGAAAGUGUUCAUAUGGGGAUAAUGACAAGGAAGGGAUAUGGGGGGAAGAGGUUUCACAAUGUGUUGAACAGGACCUCGCUAAAGUGCUGGAAAUUGCUCAAGUUAGUGACAUUGGACUUGGUAUACUGGCUACAAAUGCUGCAAUAGUAUUUGAACGCUUUGUAAUGGUCACAAAGACAUCAAAAUUGCCUGGUUUUGCCAACAUAAAUGCAUCGGUCAAAGUACUUAGCACCAUGGAUGGAAAGUUAAAUACAAGUGUCAUUACAAAUGAGUCAGCAAUAGAAAAUUUUCUAUUCUCAUCCAGUCAUUUGCUGAAUAAAAGUCUUGAAGGCUCGUGGACUAAAGAUGGCACUGACAACUCCACACUUUCAAUGGCUGAGAAAUUCAUGCUUUCUGUUGAGAAUUUAAUUAAAAUAUCAAAUAUGACAGCGGAGAAUAGGAAGGAAAAUCUGCAGGUGAAUGUGUGCAAUAGCACCAACUGCAACAUCAGCCUUUUCAAUGUUACAGUUUUUCUUCCAGGUGCAGUGAAUGUGAAAGCAGCUGCAUUCAAACAACUGGAUAAAUAUUUGCCCCAUAAUGACAAUAAAACAGAGGUCAACAGUAUCAUUGUAUCCACAACUGCAGAAAACCAACAAGUCAUUACCCUAGACUUUGAUAUGAUCAAGGAAAGACCUCGUAAUUUUAAGCUAAUAUGUGUGUAUUGGGAUCCUAACCACCAUGAGUUUUCAUCAGCUGGAUGUAGAUGGGAGGGUCCCUCAAAAGAAGGCCGCUGCGUCUGUAAUCAUCUUUCCUCGUUUGCAUUGCUACUGUCCAAGGAGCCCCUGGAAGUCCCUGGUAUAACUACUCUAACUUAUGUAGCUCUGUCAGUCUCAGUGUUGUCACUCGUUCUCACUCUUCUGAUAGAACUGAUAGUCUGGAGCGACGUAGUCAAGACGAGUACACUAUAUUUACGCCACACUGCCCAUGUGAACAUUUGUCUGUGCUUGCUGAUCGGUAACCUCUGCUUUUUGGCAUCUUCUUCCAACCCAGAGAGUAUUUCAGACCUCUGGUGUCGAACCUCUGCAGUGCUGAAGCAUUUCUGCUAUCUGGCUAUGUUCUUUUGGACACUUUGUUUGAGCGCCACACUUCUUCAUCAGGCAGUGUUUUUGUUCCACAAGGUGAGCAAGGCAAACUAUCUGAGGUUCUCGUUGGUUGUAGGCUAUGCCAUCCCCUUGAUCAUAGUCUUUGUCACAUUUCUUACCUGCAACGGUGGAGCUGAGGGGGAAUAUUACUCGAGGAAGACCUGCUGGCUGGUUUAUGGCGGACUUUUUAAAGGCACAUUUUAUACGUUUGUCAUUCCAGUUGGAGCAAUUGUUUUCAUUAAUGUGUUCUCAAUGCUUGUGGUUAUUAUGAAGCUCAUUAACCACCACUCAGAAAUACACCAAAAAACUGACAUUUCUCCAGAAAAGGAGAAAGCAGCAGCCAAAAUUGUUGUGAGAACCAUUAUCAUGCUGACCCCGAUUUUUGGUGUGACGUGGAUCUUUGGAUUUGCCAUUUUGAUUUUUGAUCUCACAAGCGGACCCGCAGCAUAUGCAUUCGAAUACAUCUUCACCAUACUCAAUGGAUUCCAGGGCUUCUUCAUUUUGUUGAACACAUUCUUCGGAGACAAAAUGACUCGUGAGGCUCUACUGAAAUACAUUAAGAAGAAAGCUCCAGCAUCUAGAGUCAGUGAAAGCACCUCUAAGUCAGAGACAACAUGGAAGAAAUGAAACAAUUUACAUCUACAUGUAAAACUCGUAUCACAUCUAUGCGCCAUUGAAAAUAAAUGUACAGUGUGCAUUCACUUUUUACUGUAGCCGAGAGCGGAUGUUUUCCACAUGUACUUUUCCCCAAAGGUUUUCUCGAGAUAACCAGUUAAUGUUCCGUUUUCUAACGAUAUAUCAAUAUAAUUUCCCAUUGGUUUUCUGGAGAUAAGAGUUAAUUUCCUGAUGAUUUUCUUGAGACUAGUUCAUUUCCCAAUGGUUCUCUCAAGACUAGUUCAUUUCCUGAUGGUUUUCAUGGGAUAACAAGUUAAUCUCAAUAAAACAAACUAUGCUUGUGUCGUUGUGCAAAUACACGUGGCAUGUAUUCGAAGGAUGGAAUCAGGUUUAACACACACCAAUCAUCUCGUGAUCUCGAGAUGAUUGGGUCAGAAAUGGUUUUCUCAAGAAAACUACUGUGAGAAAGCACAUGCUGAAAACAUCCAUCCUCGACUUCCAUAACCUUUUAAUGUGAUUGUUUAUCAAUAUUAUUAGUGAAAUUAUAAAUGUAUAAGUAAUUAUUUUUAGCCUCUUUGUGUUACCCUUUGCAUGAACUUGUUCUGUAUGCACCUUUAGGAUUUAAUGAGUUAACUCAGCUUACACAAAUACCAGCUGUGAUCAGAGUCACAUUGAAUUCUUCAGGUUUUAGUUGAUAUAUUUGAAGAGAAAUGGAGCAAAAGACUCAACCUGCAUGCCAAACUUAUGUUUCAACGAACGCUGAGUCUAGACUUAGUUUUCCUCCUGGUUCUAAAAGCAAUGUCUUCUUCGUAUUCUUUGCUUUGUUGUAACCACUCCUCAUCCGAGUCGUUUGAAAUACCUUCUUCAGAUAUUUUCUCGCGGAAGUCUUGAUACUCAAGCUCUGCUCUGCAACAUAUUAAAAAGAUUUGCAACAUUAAAUCAGAAACUUUUGUAAAGGUUGUUUGUAAUAAAGCAAAAAUAGGUGAAAA